AUGCCUUGACGAUUCCCAUUUCACGGGAUGAGACGACUCCGGCACAGAGAAGUCAGAGGGCCUGUCCUGGGUCACACAGCCACAGGCGGCCCCCAGAAUGGGACUUCAAGGUGCACCACUGCACCCCAGCAGAGGCCUCUGCCUGGCACACAGGGAAUGCUGGAGCAAUACUUGAAUAAGUAAGGAGGUCAGAAAUCUCACGGGCUCUGCUGGCUUCUGUGCUUCGUCUCUCAAGGCCAAAAUCAAGAUGUCAUCAGUGCUGAGCUCUGGUGGAGGAUCCACGUCCAGGCUCACCGGGGCUGCUGGCAGAGUUCAGCUGUGUGGGGUUGUAGGAAUGAAGUCCUUGUUUCGUUGCUGGCUGUUGGCCAGGGGCUGCCCUCAGCUUCUGGAGGCCGCCUGCCCUCCCUGGCUCAUGGCCCAUCUCAUCCUGACAGCCAGCACCCGCGGGAAGUCCCUCUUGCACUGUGA